AUGGCUAUUGUGAGUUGUCACCAUAUCUUGCUCACACCUCUCUUCAACCAUUGGAGUGAUGGAGGAUGUUGUCUACUCUCCAGAGAUAAGGCGUUGCUGAAAUUUGUAAACAGUCAAAAGUUGAGGGGGUAUUUAGUAUAGCAUGGAAGGCACCAGUUAAUUUUUAGUGGAUAUUGUGCUUGUAUUGAAUUGCUUUAGACCUUUAUUUUUAAACAGUAAUUUGAUGUUACAGAAUUGUCAUGCACAGAUUUCAAAAAACAAAGCUGGACAGUCUUCUAUAUUAAUAUUUAUGCAUUGCCUUUGUAUUUUAUUUAUUUAUUUUUUUAACAUAGGAAGGGUUCCUGUUGGGAGAGGUGAGACAGGAGGAAACCUUCUCGAUUAGUGAUUCCCAGAUUAAUAAUACAGAACUUCUGCAGGUUAUUGGUGAGUUCACGUUGGAUAGAACAUAUGGAAGUAGCACUGAGCAUGCCCUCUUCAUUCACUGCUUUUUUUGGCACUGCUUCUAGAAGUACUUUCAUGCCUACUGCUCAUGCAACCAAAUUUGCAUCUGUCAUUAGGAGAUUUUAUUUUAUUGAAUUUCUUUUCCUUUCAGAGAUCCAUAAACAUGAACCAUGUUCCAAUCUGUUCAGGUAGGUUUUUAUAUUACAUGCUUAAAAUAUUGCAUACAAAUAAGCAAGACAUUCUCUCUGGAGUGGUAACGGGCAUAAUUCAUAUUUUGCAUAUGUCUGUACACAGAAAGAACAUGUUGAAGUUAUAGUUUUAGCAUUAAUCUAAACUAUAUAUACCUGUGUUGUUUUUUUUUGACAGUUUUUAUGAUUACGCUGGCACAGUCAAAGAGGAAAGUCUUGAUCGGAUCCUCAAAGAUAGACGGAAAGUAUGAGCUAUUUUCAUAGAAUCUUCCAUUUUUAAGUGAUUUAUCUAUAGUUCUUGUGAAUCUGCUAUUUUGGAAUAAUGUUGACAUUUGGUUAGUUAACCUUCAUGUCUUAUUGGUUUGGAUAAAUAUCAUUAAAGGAACACUAUAGAGUCAGAAACACAAACUUGUAUUCCUGACCCUAUAGUGUUAAAAUAACUAUUUGGCUAAAUAUAGUAAAAUCUUACCUUAUUUCCAGUCUGCCUUCGCUGGCUCUAUCUCCUAUCCCCAUAGGUAAGCAAUGGAUUGGCUGAGAUCAUCAAUUCAUCAAAUCAUAUUUUAUAUUUAUUUUUAUAGUAAAUUAUGAUAUGUUGAAGGACCAUUUAAUGGUGAGAAAAACAGUAUAUAAAAUGUGUGGGUGCAGUAAAUGAGUAAGAGGAAAAUUACAGCUAAACACAAACACCGCAGAAAUGUAAAAACAGACCUGAUCCUUAACGAUAAGAAAAUUGAAAAGUGGUCUGGUCACUAAGGGGUGUUAAACUUUGCUCUUUGCCCAGCCUUGUUUUCUGUGUUUAAGUAAAUAUAUGGGUUUAUGGCUACAAUAAAAUAGUAUGCACUUUAACAGUCAUUUAAUGAUUUAUUUACAAUGUCUUUGCUCUGCACCUGAUUUUGGAUACUGGAGUAAUCAUGUCUGCUUCGUAAAUCAUCCUCUUAUUAAUGUAAAUCCAACUCAAAUAACUGCACUGUGAAAUCUGCUAUGACUCUGCACAGUGGUUUUUCAAUUGGAAGUCUUUCACAGUCUUUCACUAGUCCACCCAUGUCAAAUUGAUAUCUUUGCUUUCAAAACCUUUCUUAAUGUCUGAGACUUAUCUGGGUACCCACUGUCUUUCUCCUAUUCACAGACAUCCCUAAAACAUAAAGUUCCUACUUCCAUAUUAGAAAUGUAAUUUCUAUCCAUUUUUGUGUCCGUUGAAACUCCCAUACCAAUGAAUUCUAACCAAAGUUUGACAAAAUGAUAUUUCUAAAGAGACUACGGUUUGGGUGUACGAGCUGCCUACUCUCAUCUAAUACUAAUGAACAUCUAAUCCACCUUUUAGACUUUAUAUACCCUGGACGAUUGGUGAGCCCUGAGGAUUUGUUUGGGAACCACUGAGUUACCCUAUAAAUCACUUAAAAAGUUGAAGUGCUUUAGGGGUCUGAGGUAUCCCUUCAAGCUAGUUAUCUAGGGAUAUAUUUUAAUUUAGUAUUUUUUAUUUGAAAGGAAAAAUGUAUUCUUAUUUUUGUCCCCCUAUAAUGCAUUGCUUUUAAUUUUAUUUCAACCUUUUCAUUAUUUGUCAUUUCAAGAAGGCUUAAAUUUAUUGUUUCCUAAACUAAUGCACGUGGUUAACAUUAUUUUUAGACCGUACCAAUCUGCUUUUAUUAUAUUGUGCUAUAUUGGUGUUUUGACAGAAUGUUAUUGGAUGGUACAAGUUUCGGAGAAAUACACAACAGCAGAUGUCCUAUAGAGAACAGAUUUUGCACAAACAGCUAACUAGCCUUCUUGGGGUUCCUGACCUUGUCUUCCUGCUGAUCAGUUUCAUUUCCACUGCCAACACCUCAACCCAUGCCUUGGAAUAUGUGCUAUUUAGGCCUAAUCGCAGGUAGUUAUCUGGGAAACCAUUUUUGCAAGAUGAUUUUAUUUUCCAAGACACUCCUAUUUGUCUAAAAAUGCAUCACGUCUGAACAAGUUGUAAUUGUUUUUUUAGAUAUAACCAGAAAGUCUCUCUUACAAUUCCAAACUUGGGUACGACGAGUCAGCAAGAAUACAAGAUAUCUUCUGUGCCAAACAUCUCACAAAACUAUGCCAAAGUGAUCAAAGAACAUGGGUGAGCAUUAACAAUCUCUUUCUUGCUUUUUAUUUUCAGAGUUUUUUGGGAAAGAAGCUGGUUCCUAAUGUAUUGGUUGAAGUUUGUUAAAUUGUAUUUUUCCACCCUUGAAAUGGGACACUAUAGUCACCAGAACAACUACAGCUUAAUGUAGUUGUUCUGGUGUGUAUAGUAUGUCACUAAAAACUUUUUAAUAUAAACACCGCCUUUUCAGAGAAAAGGCAGUGUUUACAUUACUGCCUAGUAAUACCUCUAGUGGCAGUCACUGAGAACGCCUGUAGAGGUCCUUCAGUGCUGCACAGUGUGCCACACUGACGUUCCUCAAAGAUGCAUUGAUUCAGUGCAUCUCAAUGAGAAAAUGCUGAUUGGCGCAGCGUGGUGUUUUACCGCACAUGUGCAAUAGCCAAAGCAUUGGAUUGGGUGAGAUCAUCAAGAUUGAUCUCAGCCAGGGAGGUGGGGCUUGGGCAGAGCGAGCCACGAACGGACCCGUGAUGCUGGAAAAAAAGUAAGUUUUUGUUUGUGUUUUUUUUUUUUUUUUUUUUUUAAUACUUUUUUUUUGCUGGGGACAAGGGAGGCCGAGGAUUAAAUGGAGGUUUCUAAACUAUAGUGUCAGGAAUUCAAAUUUGUAUUCCUGACACUAUAGUGUUCCUUUAAAAUAUUACUUCGUAGAUGAAAUUACUGUUUUCAGGCAAGGUUAAUUUUUAUGGGAACAGCAUCAUAAGUCAAAGGGAAGCAGCACACUACAUGACCAAAAGGUUAUUUUGUAGUGUCGUGGUCCACGAAGGCUUGGCUGUCUGUGUUCAGCAUUUCCAUGUGGCCAAAUUAUGCUUACCCACAUAUUUUGGACAAAUAAAGGAGAAAUGUUAGUCUUGAAAUUCUUCAGUUUUUUAUCAAACUAGAAGGCUUCACACAAAGCUUCCCUGUACCAUUACCACUACAAUACACUGUGGUGGGUAUGUUGCAUUGAGUGUUCCUUUUUUAAUAUGCAAUAGAAUGUUGGCAUCAUGCAGAACCUCUUUCAUAAAAGAUUAGUUUACGUUGAGGCUGUGAUGUGCUGUAAAAUCUGUAUCUUCUGUAAUGAAAUCUCUAUGGUGAUAUAUGACUGAGCUUGUAUUGUUAGGCUGCAGGGAAGGGAGGCUGACAGAACUGGUGGACAAGAGAGAUGGAUGAUUUACUAAACGACAAGGCAUGUGGCAGCAACUUAAUAUGUGAAACAUGGAGGCGUAAUUCAAUAGAUUCAAUAGUAAAAUCUAAGAAAUAGAGUGGUAAAGAUGUGUGAUGUACGUACCUAUGGCUAUGAUAUGAUUACUGGUGCCUGAAUUCGUGGUUCUAGCAUUUCCAGGGAGUUUCGCAAACUUCAGUUUAUGUGUGAAUGGAAGCUUUUGGUCAAAAUCUGUUUAAUCAGGUCAGAGACACACUGUGUGAAAUUCCUGAACCACUGUGUCUGAUGUCAUUAAUGAUAUUAAGGUCAGUGUCACUAAAAUAAAGCAUCUUUCCCUAGACUAAUGUUUAAACUAAAAACUGUUAAUUCUCUUCACUAUAUAUGUAGUAUAAACUAUUUCUGCAUUGUAGGAUAUUAUCAAUCCUCAUGACUUUUGUCCAGUCAUGUUUAUUAUAGAGUAGCCAGUAACACAGCGCAUGCAUAUCAAUCCAAAGCUUCUCUUUGAGAAGCAAUAACUCAUAUUUUCCUUGUAGAGAAACAAUGGACGCACACAGCAUCUAGUGUCGGCAUUCUUUGCAUGCAUGGUUAACAAUGGCAAGGCAAAUUACAUUUCAGUGUUUUUUUGCAAGGCCCUGUAUGAUGUUAAGAUAUAUUUUAUUGUAGUGUAUUCUAUCAGGGUUAUGCAUUAAAGUAUGAAUUGUUGGCUAUUUUAAUUUCAUAUUUUAGGCAAAAUAGCUGAAAUUAAAACAUUGCUGCUUGUGGCAUGAAAUCUGGAAUUCUCUUUGAAUCCCCCAACAAUUCACACUCUAUAGAUUAAACUAGUUUGCCUGAAGUGCACUUCAUUCUCUGCAACUACUUGAACAUCAGCCCACUACCCCAAAACUAUGCGUAGUGUUUCAUUGAAGCAGAAAACAGACUUGUGUAUCACCAUAGCAGCUAUUUUUAUCAUUCUGCCUUUGUUGAAUUUAUACACCUAUGUAUUGAUAUACUUGGAGUACUUUUAAAGGUGCAAUUGUGGUUUUGGUUUGGAUAUUUUAUGGCAUUGUUUGUCUUCUGCUUUUCUUUUUCUUGUAAAUGGGUCUGUGGGUGUUGUGUGUGGAUGUGUGGACAAGGGCAAUCAGGAAAGGCACAGUGUGUAGAUGGUAGAGAAAAUAUUUUCAUUUUCUAUAUGAACACUUCUUAUUGCUUCUUUCAGUACAAAUUUCUUUGACAAGGAUGGUGUGAUGAAGGACAUCAGACUUAUUUAUCAGGUCUAUAAUGCUCUACAAGAGAAGGUUCAGGUGAGUUUGAACGUGAAGUUGUGAAUCUUGUAAGCUACACAGCCAGCUAGAAAGAAACUUUGUGAGUAGCUAGAAUGCCAGAUCUUAGCCAUGACUGCAGUAGCUUUUACAUUGGCUAACGUGUUUAAUUAUGUUUCUGCUAGGCUGUUUGUGAAGAAGUGGAGAAGAGUGAAAGGAUAGUGGAAUCCUACCAGGCAGAAGUGAAUAAAUUGCGUGCUCAGAUUUGUGAGAGGAAGGCAGAGAAGCAGCACGAACAAAGUAAGUUCCCAUGUUCUGUAGGUAAAGUCCAUUUAUAUUGACUAACAUGGCAGAGCUUAAAAUUCCAAGUUUUAUGCUACUAGCCAAAGCUUAAACGAUACUCGCCACUGCCAGCCUGAAGAGUCCAUGACACAUUCACCAGGGUUAAAUUUCUUCUCGCCGGUGGCAAGUGAAAUUUCUGAGCCCUGAACGUAGCAUAGCAUGAAUCCCCAGCAGUGCAGUCUUUACUGGAUUUUCUAUGGCUCUUAAAAAUAAAUAAGUACCUAGUGCAUGAUAUGAUUAGUAUUUUAGUUGGUUAACACAAAUUGAUAAUGGUGUCAUCUUUGUAUUUAUUCUCUGUAAUAAACAAAAAAAAUACUGAUCACCUCUAUGCGAUACACUAAGGGUACUAACCUCAUGUAGAGUUAUGUGGGCGUUAACGUUGCAAUAUUUAAAUCCAGUUCAUUUCCAAGCUCUAUUAAUGGCAGCAGCUACAAGACCCAUUGGUCUUGAGCAGCACACGCUAAUCAGAGGAGCAAAGGGACAGGAUUAGGAUUGAUGCAUUGGUUAACAAGAUGUUGCUUGGGGAACAGUCAUGGAGUGCUUUAUAGGAAUGUGCAAGGUUUUUCAGUUCAAUCAGCAAACAAAUAUCUGUGAAUGUUGACAGAGGGGUGAUUUGUUUUCACAGUGAGUGGGAAUGGAACAUAGGCUGUCAUCAGUGUUCAUUAGUCAUUGUAAAAGAUAAAGUCUUGGGAAAUUAAGAUUUUUGUGGGUUUUUAUUUUUAGUUUGUUUUUGCAAUAGGCAAAACUAGAAGUAACUCCUAUUUUUAAAUCAUUAUCUAGAUAACUCUGUAAAAGUUAAAGUUAACAUGAUUUGCAGCUGUUGCAAUGAGAUCUGCAAAACUCGCCCAAGUAGGUGAAAGCUUGUAGAGAAUCCUGACUCCCAUUAUGUUCAAUAGGAGAACUGAGGAAAUAUCACAAAUGUUUGCCAAGUAGCAUGUAAUAAAAUUCAUGUAAAGCAUUUGGUUCAGCAUCGGUAGUGGUUUUAUUCAUCCUGACAUACAAAUGAAACUUUUGAGCAAACAUAUUGCACCAUUAUAGACAAGUCAUGGAUAUUAAAUUAACCAUUCUUUACAAUAAUAGUCUGCAGAGGACCAUGGUGAUUUCCAAUGUAAGCAAACAGAACGAUAAGGCUACAUUGAGCAAUAAACUGAAGUAACUAUUUUUUACUGCAAAAUACAGAAGACGGGGUCAAAAUUUGGAAUAAAACUCACGGAUGUUUCCUUUUAAAAUGUCAACAGAACAUGCUAGGUAGUGGUAGUAUGAUGAUGAAUAUGGAAUGUCUUCUUUAUACAAAAUUGAUCCACUUCAUACCAAAAUGAACAUAAUUUGAUUACUACAAAUUACUGAAAUAGUUGCCGGCCGCAAUAUUUUUUAUUUUUAAAUGGAUACUACAGGUUACUUUAGUAUUAAUGCUUUAAGGCACAUUUGGGAUAAGGUGGAACUGAAGGUUCAUAUUAUGAAUGUCUGAAAACAUGGCAGAAAUUGUGUGAUGUUAUUGAUCUGGCAUAAUCUAAGUGUUUACAUCCCCUUGUUUAAUCUAUGACACAAAGAAUUCAGUCUAGAGACAAAAGGGUUUCCUGGCCAUUACUAGACAGGUGUAAAUUGGCCACUGAGUGUAUUACUUGUCUCUAUGGUGGUCUCCAUUGUUUACAUUAAAAUAUGAACCCACAAAUUAGAGGUUUAAAAUGGUAAUAUUGCAUUUUUCACAGUAGGUGGCACUUUUUUAGAAUGUGCUUUUUGAAUUUUAGCUAUCGGAAUAAUAAUAAUGUUUAUAACCUCACCUGAAUCUUGCUGUUGUCUAUUAUUUAAAGUACAUCUUUCAUUCAAACACAACUUGGCGUCACUUUCAACCACAAGCCAUUUGAUUUAUUCUGUAUGUUGCUUCAUUUAAAUUUCUUGAAAAUUUUUAAUGCAAGUAUGUUUCGUUUUCAAAAUGCUCAUUUACAUCUGCUAUUGGCAAAAUUUCUUGCACAUGUACAUUUACAUAGACUUAUAGUGUAGAGGAAAGUAAUACUUCUCUAAUUUUAUCUAUUUGCGAAUAAAAAGACGUUUUGGAAAUAAAAAACUUGCAUAUGGCUAGAUCUUUAUAAAGGUCCAUGUGGGACCAAAACGUUCAUUGAAUAUGUAAUUGCUGGGUUUUUUUGGAAAUAAGAGGGUUUUUUUUAUUUUUUAUUUAUUUUUUUUAAUGCAUCCACCAUUAAGAAGGUCUGUUAGUGCACCAAUUCAGAGUUUUAUAGAAUCUUUCGAGAGGGAAAGGACCAAGUGUUGUUUGACAUGGAACAAACUUUUUUUCUCUCUAAAAGAACGUGAGUGCCUAUAUUAUGGAUUACAUGUAAGAUGCUAAGUAUUCUAAUUUUUUGCAGAUCUGCAGCUUUUCUGUAGACCAAAAGGUGGUUUAAAAUUUAUCUUCAAUCCUGACCUUCCCAUUGUAUUCCAUGGGAACACUUUUAUGUCUACGGAGGAUCUUCCAUAGACCGAGCCUUUUUCCGGUCAGCCAUUGGUGUGACAGCAAUAGCUCUGUCUUUUUGUCAAGCGUAGGAAAAAUACAUAAGACAAAGUAGUACCUACUUUGUCUUAUAAGAUGCUAUAAUAUGAGGUGUUGGUUUUAAUCACCCGUACCUGCAUCUUAUAAUAAUUUCCACAUGGCUGUGUAAUCGUAUAGCCAGAUUGAGUAACUGUAUGAUGGUCCUUUUGUCUGAAAAAUAGGAAAGUACGUGUUUUCAACCGCAUUUUCUCUUUUCCCAGAUCUGCGUCAAUCCCUGUUACUCCGGCCUGAAGGACCCGCAGACAGCAUGUUUGUCAGUGGAGACUCUAUAGGUGCUGCUUCUAGGCCACAGGACCUUCUACCACAUCCAUACUUGGAAGAUAGUGCAAGCACAGAUGAUGUGGAUAGCCCGCCUGACAUGCCAAGGCCACAGGCAGUGGGCUCCUCAUGUCAACAUCUGGUAAACAAACAUGGUGGGAAAGGUACCUCUAAGACAUCAGUUAGUGAAGAUAUGGAGGAAUCACAAGGUGACUACAAAAAGUCACGGCAUCGUACGGAGUCAGCUGACAGUGAAAUGGCAGAGGAUCAGCCCUGCCAACCCAGCACACAACCCGAUAGAGAUGUAGCACUCCAGUGA